ACAUUGCAAUCCUGGGAAUGGACAUCGAUGCGCAAACUAUAGAGGACAAUGUCAUCAGCUUGGAGAUGCUGUUUAAAACAUGGCUACAUGAUUAUGGCACAGAGAGAGAACACCUCCAUCUCCUCCUUCCAUCAGGAGGCUUCAGCCAUGCCACUGCACCCAAGACCACCCUAAUGUGCCUGAAGUGCGAUUUGCAGGAGAGAUUGCUCGACCCAGCUUUACUUUCUGGGAUGGCUGAUGGCACCGUGAGAGCAGCAGAUUUGAAUUCACCCUGCCAGAUGGCAGCCUGGCCAGCUACGGUGCUGUAUAAACUCCGGGUUGUAAAGGCUCUGAAGUCUGAAGGGGUCUGUGAGUCCAUACUGUAUGGUCUGCCCUUCAUCAUCAAGCCCACAAGCUGCUGGCAGCUAGACUGGGAUGAACUGGAGAUAAACCAGCACAGCUUCCAUGCUCUAUGUCAUAGUCUUCUGAAAAGGAAGUGGAUGCUUUUGGCCAAACGAGAGCCACAGAACACUAGUCCAAACUGGAACAUCAUGGUGCAUUCCUACUACAUCAUUGUCCCUUCCGACUCUGCCACUCUACUUGUCAAAGCCGUCGCCACCAGAGAGCUCUUGCUGCCGUCAACCUUCCCAGCCCUCCUUGCUGAACAUCCUGAGAGAGUGCAUGGCGCUAUAGAGAGUGCCCUGAACAGCUUGGAAGUGGAAGUUGCUUAUAACCCCUUGCACCUAAAAAGCAACCUCUACAAAUACCUGAAGAGUAUGUUGUACAAACCUCUGCACAGGCAGCAGGCCCAGCCCAGGGACCAGCGACCAGAGCGGCAUCAACCCAAGCAGCAUCAGAGCAGAGCCAAAGCCACGGUGGCCCCCCUUCUGAUGGCUCCUUCUCCUGUCCCAGUGUUCAGACCAGCAGCGAUGAGGAGAGAUUCCUGUGAGCGCUCCCUGCUCCCCAAAGAGUACGACGAGUUCCUGCAGUGA